AACGCGCGGGAAUCACGAAAUUUUUAAAUGUAGCUUUUUAUUAAGUUUGAACACGUUCCAAGAGUAAUUUUUUCUAAUUUUCUAAUCACGCGUCAUGUCAUGUUAAUGAAUGUCAUAGCAUAAAUAUUUACAUUAUUAUUUAUAAAUUAUUUUCAGUUUUAGAGCUUAUUUACUAAAAAAAAUGUUAACUAGAUAAUAAAAUAAAUCGUAUAGGAUUGUGUGUGAUAGGUAUUUGUGUGGUAAUUAUCGGUAUAGCGCCGGUAGCGGUACCGUGACCUCGAGACUCGAGAGUCGAGCAGCCAGCAGCCGGCAGCGGCAUGGGCGCGGGCGCGCUGCGCGCGGCGGGCGAGACCACCACCACCGAGAAGCCGGACUGGACGCGCUCGUGGCACUUCUUCUUCUUCGAGUUCGAGCGCCCCGGUGCCACCAUCUUCAUCGCCGGCAUUAGUAUAGUACACUCGCUGUUCCACAUGCCGCACAUGAUGAUGUACCGGCGGCUCGGCAUCCUCACAGCCUUCUGGAGCAUCGUGGGCGUCGGACUGUUGGUCGGCGCUGUCAUGGAGCAGGAGUUGCUGUACGACGUGUGGAUCUGGUACUCGUCGGUGUACGUGCCCGUGAUGAUUCUGAUCAUGUGCGUGGUGCUGACGGCCUCCGUGUGGGCGCUCGACCUGCGCCUCUUCCGCGCGCUCAUCGCCACCUUCGCCGUCAUCUUCUACCUCUUUAUGUUCUACUGCAUCAUAUUCGUCCAAACAGAGAAGAGGAAGAUCUUCUCGACGACGACGAUGACGUCGACGACGACAACGCCGUGCCCGUGGUGCCCCAUCUGCCUCACGGGCACCUGCACCGUCCCCACCAGCACCAGCGGCAAGCGCAAGCUGCGCACGUUCGAGCUGCUGCAGCUCGGGAACCUGUGACUGCGACGCGACGGGCUGGAGCGCGCCGCCGCCGCCGCCGCCGCCCUCCUUUACCACCAUCACCACCACCACCACCAUCACAACACAACUGGCACCUUUUAUUAACUGCACUCCUACCGAGCUAUGUUGGCAGCGAUCUUGACAACCCCGCCAGCCCAAAUGUGUGUGUGUGUGUGUGUGUGUGUGUGUCUGUGUUAAAUCUCAUACUUGUAUGGAAUUAAGUACUUAGUUCCUUUGGGCCAGCGGCGGCGAGGCCAACGACGUUACCGAACAGCCUGAUCUGACACUACUCGUCGUACAAUUGCUAAUUCCAUAGAAGUCCAUAUUAUUGACUUCCUUCUCGACCUUGAAGUGGAUAUUGCCAGUGCCAUAUAUGUGUCAGUUGUUACCGUGAUGAUGAUGGGAUCAGUCCCAGGGAACUUAUUUCAGCCUGGAACUGUUAUACAACAAUAAAGUGUCAUUUUACAAGAUCUUAAUGGUUUGAUAAUAAAUGAAACAAAUACAAAUAUA